AUGACUUUUAAUGAACGAGCAUCAUCUAUCGACAUGGCUUCAAUCGAGCUCCGUACAUCUCCAGCACCAUCCUACAUGUCAUCCUUCAAGAACCAGCAAUACCUUCAUACCGACAGCACUUCAAACAACCCAUACUUCCAGUCCGCCACGAUAACAGGCAUCCCCGCCGAAAAAGACGCCCCUACAAAAGCAGACCACGACGACCCUAACCACCCCCACUACAUCGAGCCCGCAUCCAAAUUCUACGACCACCUUCCCCGUAGAUCCUACGGACGUCGCCAAUGGCCAAAGAAGCGCAUCCUCAUCCCCUGGCUCCUCGCCCUCGUAUUCUUCCUCACCACCCUCUGGUUCACAUCCAUCCUGCUCGGCGCACGCUUCCUCAGCAUCAUGCACCCCACCGCAUCGACUCAGCCAGCCCAAGAGAUCAAAGUCUACAUCAACGGAGAUGUUCUGCGGGGCGUGACGGAGACGGCUGCUGUGAUCCCGACGCCGGCGCCGAGGACACGAACGGUAGGCGUGACGGCGACGUCGGAUUCGACGGUCACUGUGGCGCCGACGGCGAGCUCGACGUAUACGGGGCGGAUGCAUCUUGCGCAGACGGGGUUUCCGGAUGUGGAUGUUGGGGCUAAAGGGGUGAAGAGGGGGUUUGUUACGGUUUUUCGAGAUUGA